GGUACAAUUGGGUUUGAAAGGGGCAGGCAACACGCUCUACUUAUAGUUUUCGCGUUCGGCAAUCUGAAACUCCAACUCCCAUCGACGACGAUGGGGACAAGUGCAUUACACAAUGUAUUCGUCUAUGGCAGCCUCUUAGCUGACGACGUCGUACGAGUUCUCUUGAAGCGAGUCCCUCAAUCUUCCUCCGCCAUCCUUAACGGCUAUCACAGGUUUAGCAUCAAAGGACGUGUUUAUCCCGCUAUUCUUCCCGUCGAAAGCAAGAAAGUUACUGGCAAGGUCCUGUUGGGAAUUACAGAUCCUGAGUUAUAUAUUUUGGAUACAUUUGAAGAUGUAGAAUAUGAAAGAAAAACAAUUGAAGUUUCUUUAACAGAUACUUCUGAGAAAUUACUAGCUCACACCUAUGUAUGGAGUAACACGAAUGAUCCAAAAUUAUAUGGAGAGUGGGAUUUUGAGGAAUGGAGAGGAGCUCACAUGGAAGAUUUUGUGAAGAUGACAAGCGGUUUUAUGGAAGAACUGGAGCUGCCUGAAGCAAAGCCGAGAGUGUCCACAUAUGAAAUCUUUUAUCAGCAAGAUGCUGGAGAUCAUCAAAAGUCUUGAUGCUUUCUUCCAUUUUAUUUCUGAAAUACGGAAAUUAGCUUGCGCACAUCAGUGCCAUUUGGUUGUUUUCUACCUUUAUAUAUUUGUAAGCGCAUGUAAGACUUAUAAGCUCUUUAAAAUAAGUGAAAAUGUGUUUAUCUUAAAUGUA